GAUCUCUCGCUCAAAGAUGAGCUUGCUUUUCAAACUGUUACUAGCGCUAAGCCUCGCCCACGUUGCAUUUUCGUGGGGUGACGAAAAACCCGUUGAAGAGGACUUUUGCGACGCCGAGUGGGACGGCAAGGUCGAGUACAAGGCGGAGGGCGAACAGGACGGGGCCACACCGGAAGAGGAAGCACCGGUUGAUGGAGGGGAGGAAAAGGACAAGGAGGACGGGGCUACGACAGAGCAAGGUGAGGAGGGGUCAACUGAAGGGGGUGAGGAAACGAAAGUGGAUGACGGGGAUACGACGGAUCAAGUUGGUGAGGGAUCAACUGAAGGGGGUGAGGAACCUACUGGAGAGGAUAAAAAGCCAGAAGAGAAGCCAUCGAAGGCUUCUAAAGAGGACGAACGAGGCGAUCCUCGGAAUACUUACCAGAAAGCGACUGAACUUGUGCGGGCUGCCGCGAAUGUUGACGAUAUCCAGGACGAAUAUCUGAAGGGAUCGCUGAACAACCGGCUUCAGGAACACAUUAGAAACCCCAUUAUUGGGGCUGCUGGAAAGUUGCCUAAUUUCAAAAAGGUAGAGAUCGAACCCUGCUUCAAGACAAUGCAGCAAGAUCUGAAAAAGGAGAUCGAAGCUUCGAAGAAGGAAUUCGCAGACUGCAAAAAGAAAACUGAAUCCUCGUACGAGUGCAUGGUCAAGAUGGAACCCGGGUUUGCGGCGCACGUUAAGACGAUCGGCGAAAAGAUCGUGCAAUGUAUGAACAAGUCAAAAUAAAGUGGGACGCCGUUUGUUUAACGA